ACCAUAUAAUUCCGUGGAAACACGCAACAUUGAACGCAGCCGAAUGUUGGCGUAAUGUUUUUUUUUACGACAGAAUUAUUUUUGAAACAAACUCUGGAGCCAGCACACACAGCUGAACUGCUUGUAAUUGUUUAUCACGCCGCUGUAUAUUGCGAGUGUUACAUGAAACACCAUGAAAAUGCCGACGUGCCACUUCCUCAUUUUUGCUGCAACGUCAUAUGAGACUGAACAGAGUUACAAAUAACCAGGACGCAGUAUUAGUUCCCAGCAAAACUAGCAGUUGACUUGUAGAUCGGUUGUGGAGUCACACGCAAAUGCAUCCAACGGUUUGUUGACUGUGCUGUGUGUCACGGGGUUGUGAUGUGAGACUUUUGGACGACUUCCAGUUCUCAGUUGACAAAGUACACAUUUGAAGGGUAUAAGCAACAUAACCGUUAAUGGAGGCAAUCCACCACUUGGACGUCUGACAAACGGACUGGACUGUGAGGGAUCUAUCAAUAGAUCAAAAUCUGUAAAUUAUGGCAAUCACCAAGGAUGCCAACGAGAGCACCCCCCUUUUGGACUCAGGUUCUGGAACUGUGAGACCAUCACCCCCAUCUGUUUUCCAGGGAAGAAGACUAGCAUGUGCUGCUGUCUUGCUGGCUGAAUCAUUGGAAAGGAUUGCAUUCUAUGGCAUCACAUCCAACCUUGUUCUCUUUUUAAAUAGCAGCCCCUUUUUUUGGGAGGGCACACAAGCCAGCCAGGCUCCUCUGAUGUUCAUGGGAGUGACUUACCUGAUAUCCCCAUUUGGAGGCUGGUUGGCAGAUGCAUACCUUGGAAAGUUUUGGACUAUAGCCUCAAGUUUGAUUUUAUACUUUAUUGGUAUUUUACUUUUCCCAUUCAUUUCACAUGAAAACACAAGGGUAGAUCUAUGUGGAGAAGAGGCAGCGUUUCCGGUACAGCCUGCUGAGUGUCUGAGUACUAACAGUACCCCUCCAAGCAACAUCACUUGUCCUAUCCGUGCACCAUAUUGUGGCCCUGUCGUCUACAGUGGACUUUUUUUAAUUGCAUUGGGUGUGGGGACUGUCAAGUCAAACAUCACUCCAUUUGGUGCAGACCAGGUUAAAGACAAAGGACCAGAGGCCACACGCAGAUUCUUCAACUGGUUCUACUGGUGCAUCAAUUUGGGAGCCAUCCUGUCACUGGGGGGUGUGGCCUACAUUCAGCAGAAUAUCAGCUUUGUGCUUGGCUACAUCAUUCCGACUGUGUGCCUUGGGAUUUCCUUCCUUGUGUUUCUCCUGGGCCGCACAGUCUUCAUCACCAAGCCUGCUGAUGGCAGUGCUUUCACGGAUAUGUUCAAGAUACUGAGCUUCACUUGUUGCUCCUCAAAACCCGUGGAUCCUAACUUGCUUCGCAGUAAAUCAACCAUAUUGGAUGGUGCCAAAGUGACCUAUGGAGGAAAAUUUUCAGAAGAAAAAGUAGAGGAAGUGAAAUCCCUGGUGAAAAUCCUACCUGUUUUCUUAGCCCUUAUUCCAUACUGGACGGUGUAUUUUCAGAUGCAGACAACAUACAUUCUGCAAGGGCUUCAUCUUAAAAUUCCUGAUGCUGCUGCGAAUAGUACGACUGACACCCACAAGAUGACGUUCCACUUCCCUGCAGCAUGGCUCACCAUGUUUGAUGCGGUGCUCAUCCUGAUGCUGAUUCCUCUUAAGGACAAAGUGGUGGACCCUAUUCUGAAACGCCGUGGCCUGCUGCCCUCUUCUCUGAAGAGGAUUGCAGUGGGGAUGUUCUUUGUCAUGUGGUCGGCUGUGGCAGCGGGUAUUUUGGAAACCAAACGCCUGGAGAUUGUCAGAACAAAUGGUCCCAUUGACCAGGUGCUUGGCAACGUUAUCUACUAUGCAGCCGAUUUACCCAUUUGGUGGCAAGUGCCUCAAUACGUGCUGAUAGGAAUCAGCGAAAUAUUUGCCAGCAUUGCAGGACUGGAGUUUGCCUACUCCGCUGCCCCCAAGUCGAUGCAGAGUGCUAUCAUGGGGCUCUUCUUCUUUUUCUCUGGGAUUGGCUCCUUUGUCGGUUCUGGUUUGUUGGCUAUCGUGUCCCUUAAGGAGAUUGGUUGGAUGUCAUCUCACAAAGACUUCGGAAACAUCAACGACUGCUCACUCCACUACUACUUCUUUCUCCUAGCGGGGAUUCAGGGUGUCACCCUCCUCAUCUUCCUUAUCGUCUCUGUCAAGUAUGACAAGCAAAGGGGCAGAGCGGGAAGCCAAAGGCAAAGACACAUCUCAUCCUGACCCUGACAUGACCUGUAUGGCUCACAUCUUACCUGUCUGUUUCCUAUGGAGCCACUCCAAAGAGUAUAUAAAUAGGUACUUAUCAUCAAAUGAAUGAAGGUUCUAUUAGAAUUUAAAUAGGGGUUCUUUUUCUCUCUGCGAAUGGCUUUAUAAAGCUGUGUGGCUGGAAAAGCCCCACUGAAAGAUGGACCUAAUGCAGGAGCUCCAUCAUGUCUGUUUACUCUUUUGCCUUCAUUUGCACUAGGCCUGCGAUGGUGCCAGGAGAUUAUAUCUACAUGUUUUUAAUGUUGAUUAGAAGUUCUUGAUACUUGCUGUUUUUCUAACCACUUUUAUCGCCAAACACGAAGCCGCAUUCACGUUUUAAAUUAUUUCUCUUUUUUUUUUUCCCUGUGAUAUACUGAACGAUGCUGGGGUGUCAUUUAAUUGCAAUAAGGACAGUCUGAGAGCAACAACCUCCACUCCAAUGAAGCCUUAAUGUAUUGUUUUGUUUUGUUUUUAGCUAUAAACAAAUUCUUAAGCUAACUGGAAUUGCAAUCAUAUACAGCAAUAUAUACAGAUACAUCUCAAUAAAUUACAAUAUGGUGUGGACUGUAAUCAAAUUAAUGACAGUUAAUCACCAUUUAUUAUAUGUGAAAAAUGUGAAAAAUGUAAAUAACAAGACACAAUUAUAUAUAUAUUUGUAUGUAUUAAUAGCUCCAAAUAAACUGAACAUUAAAAUCAAGUUAAAAGAUACCACGUAUGACAUGAAAAUGUGCUUGCUUAAUGCUAGUCUCUCAAAUAGCAGGACAUUUUAAUCACACUUAACUGCAUUAUUAUGAGCCAUUAAGGGCUGUGUUCAAAGACACCACGCAAUAUAAGUUGAAUUCACAUGUUUUGAGUGUAGAUGUAUUUUCUGGGGCUUCCGAGCAUACUCAAAUGCAGCAAACUGUACUUCCGCAGUAAGUGUUACGUUAAUGACAGAUAUGAAUAUUCACUUACUGUUUUCUUUCUGUUUACGUAGACUACGCAUACACACGCAUAAUAAACACGUUAUGAUCUCGGACUGUGAGGCAAUGAGGACGUGUCACUCUCAGAACGAGCUGACGAGACAAUUUUGUGAGUUAGAAAUACAUAUAUGGUGUUGGAAUUGCACUGAUGUGUUCAAGUAAGAAUAAAAAUUAUUAUUAAAUUUAAUUAUUAUUAAAGAGCAGCCGAAUCUGUCUGCCAUCAUGAUAGAGAUGUGGCUUGACAUGAUGCAAUACGUGCCUAAUGACUGUAAUUAUUUAAAUGUGAUUAAUGAAAUAAAACAGUUAACACUGUUAACACGCUUUUUUUGACAGCCCUAAUUACACUGAAAGAAAUAUAAUGACAUUUACUUUAAAAAAAAAAGCCAGGUUAAAAUCAUGACACAACAAAUUAAUGAAAAUACUGAAAAAUAAUAAUGAAUGAUAAAUAACACCAAAUACGAGGUAUUUUAACUUUUACUUUGGGCGCUCGUGAGUGCCUUGGACAUCACGGUAUAAACUUACAUGGAGUAAAUUUUACUUUGUACUUUGUUUUACUUUGUAUUCUACUGAAGUAAAUGUUCCUAACAUAUGAUUAUUCAAUGUAAAUAACAAAAACAAUAUACAAAAUGUACUAUUUAAUACUAAGUAAACACAAUAUUAAUAUUACAAAUGAUUUUGAAAUAAAUACAUUAACCACAGUUUUUUCACAUCGUUUACAGAUAUAACUCAAGUAGCAUUUACUCUGACAAAAAAAAAUCAGUGUAACAUGUAUGUAAUUUUUUACCUUUUUUUUAUUUUAUGAACUACUGAAUUUAGAUUUUGUUUAUUAGUAUUAAUCUAUAAUCAUCAAUAUUAAUGAUGAAGUAAGAAAUGCAUUAUUGAAAUAUUUAACGUGAAUCUAUACAAGUCACAGUGCCCCUCUACAGAACUACUGCAACAGUGAGGUCAAUUCCUUUAUUUUUGCUGUUUGGCGUCAAGACCCAACAGCACCAUAGACAGCUCCCAUCUUGUGGUCAUCUAUAAAUGCAGUCUACACAUGCAAAACCUAUCCUUCCCAAUCUGAUAUCGCUCAUAUUCAUCUUUUCAUGCCAAAUGUUUUCAGUCCACAGCAAAAAUAAGGAAUUUACCCGACUGUAAUAAUGGACUAAUACUUUUGGAGGCACUGUAGCUUUAAAUUUAAUUUAAAAAUACAUUGUAAAUAGUCUUGCAUUCUCUCCCACAAAUCCAAAAGUUUUUGAAGUUUUAUUUAUUAGAUUCCUCUGUGCUGUUUUAGUGGUGGAUUUUUAAGAAAAUCUGUUGAUGUGUGAUUCUUCCAACUCCCAAAUAAAAUAGUCACAUAAAACCUCUCACAUCUGUAUUUACAUGAUGGUAUGAAUGAGUUGCCUUUGUAACACUGUAUCAAACAAGUGUUUCAUUGCAUUUAUAAUGUUCUUGGAAAGUUUUGUAAAGUUUUAUUUGGUAUUUGUUUUUUGAGAACCAGUUUGCGAACAUUAAAAUA